AUGAUUGAUGGUAUCCCCGAAAACGACAACGAAAGCUGGAAUGAUUGUGAACUAAAAGUUGAAAAAAUAUUUAACGAUUACCUAGGGGUUCAUAAUGUUAAAAUUGAAAGGGCGCAUAGGACAGGGAUAAUUGAAAACAAAAAACACAGAACAAUCGUCCUGAAACUUAUAGAUUUUAAAGACAAAACCGAAAUCCUCAAGAAUUCUUUCAAACUAAAAGGCAAAGACAUCUACAUAUCCGAAGACUACUGUAUGGAAACUAACCUAAUACGAAAGAAACUACGCGACAGAAUGAAAGUCGAACGACAGGCUGGUAAAUAUGCUUACAUACCGUACGAUAAACUUAUUGUCAGAGAUUGGAAUACCAGAAAACGUAUUGCAACAUCAAACUCGCAUCCAAUGUGCCCACAAGAGGUCAAAGUUUCCCAAAUUGAAGAUGUUAACUGCAAAAGCAAAACUGCGCAAAGAAGGUAA